UGGCGUCGUUAUCAAAAACGUAUACAAUUUAAAAAUAAUUUAAAUAACAAAUCUCACAGUAUUCGAAAAAUACCAAUACAAAUUAAUGAUCGUCAAUCGAAAAGUUAUGAAACACAAAAAGUCGAAGUAUUCAUACCACAAAAUAUAGAUGAUAUCACUGAACAAAAUUUAGGUGAAAUUCAUACACGAUUUACACCUCAACAUGGUAUUCAACAAAUGCAUCAAUAUUAUCCAAGAACGAUGAAAGCUUAUUUUUAA